AUGGAGCACGCGCACGCGGGUCCUGGGCCCCGCAUCAGUUUGUUUCUCUCCAUAGCCCCGGGGACGAAAGCAACAUACGGCGCUUUGCAAUACCGUCCUCUCCAUCUGAGUACGCCGUGCCAAAUCAACGUCAGGUCUCACCCCCAGGAUGAAGAGGAGGAGGAAAAUUUCAGGAGUGGACUCCAUCUGAGUGGCACCAAACAAAACCAUCAAAGUCACAGUCUGAGCUGCGAGGCCCAUUUUGACUGGCUGCCAAUGUCGUCAGUGAGGCAUUUGCCAUUUGGCGAUGGCAACAAGACGACGCUGAAGGGGCGAAUUCUCACCAAAGUCUGCCCACCCAUGUUCCACGCGCUGGUGCAUGUCUGUGUCUUUGAUCACGAGACCCAUCCCACAGACUCUGCAACUUCUUCCAUACGCGAGGAUUGCCUCUCAUCAGCUUACCCACAAACCACGGCAGGUGUGUGCGACGUGAACCGCACAGCUGGAAAUUAUCGGGACACCCAACUACCGAUAUUUGGCGAGUUUCUGGGUCUCAAUUAG